GAGGUAGGCGGAAGUCCAAAACACUGCAGUUAGCGAACUUGGAGCACCACGUGACUUAUAAGAAAGUAAGUGAUGGAGUUUACAAUAAUAUCAGCUUAACUUGGCAAACUCUUCGUGGUACUCAAUGGCACUUUCGCAAUUUCAUCUCUCCAACUCAUCCCCGCGUGGAAACUAAUCCCGCAUUGUGUGUGUGCGUGCGAGUGUGAGAGAGAGUGUGAGAUUUCACCUGCCAUGUCUCUACACACUGCUCCAGACUGCUGCGACGCACCUGUACUGCAUUUAUACCGAAGAAGUGAGAGCGGGGAUGACGAUGACAGAAGGCUGAAGAGAAGAGAGAAGAACCGCGUGGCUGCGCAGAGGAGCCGUAAACGCCAGACACAGAGAGCUGAUGAGCUGCAUGAGGCUUAUGAGUGCUUGGAGCAGCAAAACAGUUUGCUGAAGAGGGAGGUUCAGCUGCUACUCGAGGAACAGAGAUCCCUGGCAGAGGCUCUCAAACUACACGAGCCUCUGUGUCCUGUCCUAAACAGCAACAUACUCUCAACCCCAAGACCCACUGAUGGCAUUCCUCCCUGAGUUCUCUCAUCCCUAAACCAGACAAUAGUAAUAGCAAUUUACUGGCUUCCUCAUGUGGGUGUGCAUGUCAUUACCUGGGAACAAUAUUGUUAAAUGCAUCUAUGUUUGCAUAAAUAGUACAGUUUUCCUGCUAAUUUCAUAUGAAUUGAUCAGCAUAUUUAAACUGAUUUAGAUUACUACUUUCCAACAGACUUUUCCAUAAGAUUGUCAAAUCAGUGUUUAGCAGUGUGACACAUUGUACUUUGAUUUAAUUUUGACUCUGCAGGAAAUUAUGUCAACAUUCUGUAUUUAAACAUGUGAAAUAAACUCUUUGGUUCUAGUAGACCACUUAACCACCAACCAUCUGUCUGGUCCACCACCGUUUAGUUCAGCACCUUUGGAGGCGUGCCAUGAGAAUGAACACUUCUGCUUUAGACCACAGGCUGCCUAACCAAAAAUACCCUUAUAGGUUUCAGGAUUUCAUGUUGACUGUGAUGCAAUGAUGGUUAUGACGCUGAAUUGUUUUUUUUUUUUUAUCGGUACAUCUGUUCUUGACAGGAAUUGCAUUAUACAUUACACGAGUGUUUCUGUUGUGUUCCGUGUUAUUUUUUUGAAGUCAUGUGACCUGUGUAUGUGUUUGUAUAUGUUUUAUGCAGGCUAUAGAAUGUAUACACAAAUUAAUAUAUUUUAAUGUAAUGAAUCAACUGACCGUACAAAGAUGCAGUAAAACUACAAAAGUGGAUUUGCAUUAGCGUAUAUAUAUUUUUUUGUUUUAAAAUGUUCAACUUAAUAAAAAAUACUGGAAAUACAA